AUGUUUGAUGUCCGUUGUCCUGACGGAUAUUAACGACAGUGGCUAUAAAGCGUCCUCCUCAGGAUUUGGUUAAAGCUUCACUUUUAUAGACAAGAAUACAAUCGUCAUGGCUUCAACGGUGCCCGUUAAGAUUGGAAUAAUUGGUGGUUCAGGCCUUGAUGAUCCAGACAUCUUGGAGGGAAGGACUGAGCGUUAUGUUGAUACACCGUAUGGAAAGCCAUCUGAUGCGCUGAUACUGGGGAGGAUAAAAAAUGUGGAAUGUGUGCUCCUUGCAAGGCAUGGGAGACAACACACCAUAAUGCCAUCCAAUGUGAAUUACCAGGCUAACAUUUGGGCACUGAGAGAAGAGGGCUGUACACAUCUGUUGGUCACCACGGCCUGUGGCUCACUCCGGGAGGAGAUUCAGCCAGGAGACAUUGUCAUAAUCGAUCAGUUCAUUGACAGGACAACCAAGAGAGCUCAGACGCUGUAUGAUGGACAGCCAACCAGUCCUCCAGGUGUGUGUCACAUCCCCAUGGCUGAGCCUUUCUGCAACAGAACCAGAGAGGUUUUGGUGGAGGUGGCACGGAGUCUGGGCAUCAAGUGCCAUGUGCGAGGGACCAUGCUGACUAUCGAGGGGCCCCGCUUUUCCUCACGGGCAGAGAGCCUGAUGUUCCGUCAGUGGGAUGCUGACGUCAUCAAUAUGACCACUGUGCCAGAGGUGGUCCUCGCCAAGGAGGCCGGCUUGUGCUACGCCAGCAUCGCCAUGGCGACAGACUACGACUGUUGGAAGGAACAUGAGGAGGCGAGAUCGUUGCAAUCCGUGCUCCAUAAGAAGACUAGAGUAUCUGUGGCUUCUUAUGACUUCUGAGUGACCUACCCUCUGUUAGGCACUCUGGAUAAUGAAGUUGAUACACUGCGUGGGAGCGAGUUUUGGCUUAUUUGUCACCGAUCCAGCCCAACUCACAACUCAACUUCCGAGUUCCUGCAGCUGACCUCUUCCCCCUCCUGUUGCAGAACGCUCGCCACAUCCUUCCGCCCCCCCCCCCUUGCUCCUUCCAAGCCUCAUACUACCUCCUGGCCUCCCCCUCCUUAAACCCCCCCCCCCAGGCAGCUUGCCUGCCAGCCUCCGGUGGAAGCCCUGCCAGAGGAGGUUGACUCACCCUGAGUCAUCAGCUUCACUGUCUUCAUCCUGGCAAACACCGCAAAAACAUGAACCUAGUCAUUGAGUGUAGCAUGAAAACAAAGCACUCAAGGGACGGGUUAAUGAAGGCUACAGGAGGUAAAAAUGAGCACAGGAUGAAAAUGAUGUUGUAACUUACUGUAAUGUACACUGUACAUUCGUGUAUUUGUAAUGUGUAAUUAAAUAUACAUUAUAAACACACGGAGUAAUUAUAUAAAAUUAUCUAUUAGAUAUUAUUACAUAAUGUCACGCUAGGCACACAAAUAUUCUAUGACUGAGUUCUCAGUGUGACUGAUGCUUAUUUAUCUGCUGUGACUACAGCAGAGGCCGCAUUCACAUUAUGAUUUUUAAUUACCCAAUCUUUUAGUGGUGCUAGUCAUGUAAAUGAUGAUGAUGAUGAUGAUGAUAACUGCCAGUUUCCUAGACAUGGCAGAUGAAAUAGCUUAACAUUCAGUGCCUCAUUAAUACCGCUUAAUGAGACACGGGCUUACAGGGCACAGCUGGCUGCUAGAAAACCAAUAACCUGCUCUUUACAUCUGCACUUGGGUGAGUUGUUGUUGAAUUUGACGACUAUUUCUGUCGCUUGCUCACAGGUCCUGUUGUGAUGGUGAUUUGAAUAAACUCGAGAUAAAACUUUCACUUUCACGUGCUCACCUUGGCGUCCAGGGUUGAGUUGUAACUUAACUUGACAUGUUACAUGUGCAGUACGGUGUGUUUGUAUUUUCUUGAAUAGAAAUUCAGCGUGGACUGAUAAUUCAAUAUCAUUAAUCAGCUUUUUGUGGAGUUUUAAAUGAUGACAUGAUCGACUCAUUUUAUUAUUCAUUAUUGAUAUUGUUUUCAUGAUUUUAACCAUAUCGCCAAUCCCUAAUUUUAAGUAUUAAGUACAAGGAAGAACAAGUACUUCCUUGUACUUGUUAGUAGGCUCAAAUAUAUGUAAUAUACAUAUUUGACUCCUUGUGUAGCCAAAUAAAUAACUUAUUCCUCUG